AAAAGUAAUAAAAAUAGGACAAGAAUAACCCGAUGACAUCACACACGUCGUGAAAGACGACCGGGGAUAAUUGGUGUGUACCAUCGUGUAGUCUCUCAUGUCUUUGGCCAAGUCAUAGCAUGAUUAUAUGACUCCACAAUUGUGUAAUGUGACAUAGUGACUUUCAGAACGGGCAGAAGUCGUGUAGUGUGUACCAGGCCUAAAUCGUCCUUUACUGUUUCUCCCUCUUGCAUGUUGCUCAUUUUCAGUGUGUGACUGCAGCGUGUGCAUGAGAGGGGGAGGCGAGCGGAGCGGAGCAAAGAGCUCUCUUCAGCGCUGCUUUUCUGAAGCAAAACAAAAGUUUACAUGUUCUAAAAAGAAAACAGCGCAUGUCCUGCAAUGUGACUAUCGUACAUCGCGAUGACGAUGUUCAAACGAUAUAUCGUGCAGCCCUACUUUGAUGCGUGACUGACAGACAGUAGUCUUCUUUAGAACUUUAGAACUUUAUUUUAUUUUUGUCCCCAGUGGGGCAAUUCAUUUGCAGGAGUGUGGACAUGACAUAUAACAUACAUAUACAUAUACAUAUAAAACAACAAAACACAGAGGCAAGGCACAGAUAUACACACUGAGCAUCACUUACUGCUGCUGGUCGCUGCUUGUGCAUGCGCCCUCUACUUCUUAGUGUUGACAGAAUGCUGACCUGCAAUCUGUGAAUUGUUUGACAAUACAACAACUACUACAAGAGAAACAUUUACGUUUUAUGGUGUUUAAAAAAAAAAAGUCAAUAAAUCUGAGCUGCAGUUUAGGGCAGGUAGCACUAUGGUCACUUUUUUGUAUUUUUGAAUUUUGUAACUGACAUUUAGUGAAGUGUAACUCAGGCACACACUGGCCCUCAUUUAUCCAUCUUGCAUGGAAACGGGUGCAGAUCUGAGCGCAGGAUUCAUCUUACGAUAGGACACACGUGUGAUUUAUGAAACGUUCGUAUCUGACCAAUCCCAGCGUACGAAUGAUCAGGCCUUGAUAAAUGCGGCGGCUGAAAUCAAUCGUCAUUAGCGUGUCAAGCCCUUAAAUAUUUGUGGUUCAGAGGCCUCGCUCUUUGAGGUCACAACAUGGAGAGGAGAAACAUUGCAAAGCAGAGACACUUUUCCGAGCUGGAAAUCGACACCCUCACGUCUGAGGUGGAGGUAAAUAAAGAUGGGCUUUUUGGAAGUUUAAAAACUGGCAUUAAAGGAGCCCAUAAAAACGCUGUCUGGAAGAAGAUCACGGAGGCAGUCAACAGUGUCGCUGCUGACAAACGGACUCCAGCUGAGGUCAAGAAAAAGUGGUCAGACUUAAAGCUGGCGACAAAAAAGCGUGUUGCUGCCCUUAGGCGCAGCAGCACGCAGACUGGAGGAUGCCAACCAGACCCCAGCCUGACCCUGACAGGGACCGAGGAAAGAAUCUCCCCACUAAUUGGGUCAGAAUCUAUCUCUGGCAUAAGUGGUGGUGAUGGAGACACAGACGCACUUGCAUCGGAGCCGGAGCAGAAUGAGCCAGGCACCAGUGGCAUGGCGUCCAGGUCUUCUCCCCAGAGUGGUCCCAUCGAGCCAGACCCAACAAGCCAGGCAACCGAGGGCGAGCAUGUGCCCUCCGCCUCCCGUGCUGGGCCAAGACCAGCAAUCAUCACGGCAGAGAUUGGACCAGAUGGGAUGGCCAGACUAAGCAGCUCAGCUCUCAACAAUGAGUUCUUCACCCAUGCCUCCCAGAGCUGGAAAGAGAGGCUGGCUGAGGGUGAGUUCACCCAUGAGAUGCAGGUGCGUUUCCGGCAGGAAAUGGAGAAAGAGAAGAAGGUGGAGGCGUGGAAGGAAAAGUUUUUUGAAGAGUACCAUGGGCAAAAGUCUGGCCUGACACAAGAAGAGUCCUUAAAGCUUACCAUGAGUGAAGCCAAUGAAGUUGCAGCCAGUGUGCUGGACAGUGAUGUGGCUGUGGUUGCAACUGGUGCCCCCAAAAGACGCAGUGUGGGUCGGCGUAGGAGAGACGGCAGAAUGCGGAGACGCACGCGAGCUGACCUGCGUCGGAGGGCCCGUCGUACCCUCUGCAAGGCCACUUCUCCAGCGCUGCAGUCUGCAGAAGCAGCUGAGGCCAGCACUGCACUGGACAUCUCAGCGGUCUCUCUUGGAUCUCCCAUGUCCGACAACACGGUGGUUCAAGGCGAGGUGGUGCUGCAGGCUGAGUGUGGCGUGGAGCUCCCAGCUGAGAGUGCCGCCAUAGAGCCAAAGCCUUCUCCCACUCCAGAGCCAGUCACACUGCCAGCCUCCACUCCUACUCCCACUCCCAGCCCCAGCCCAGCCUCCACCAGCGCAAAUGAAGAGCCCGAAGCUGUGGCCCGCCUGCUCCCAGAGGAGGCUGCACCUGCACUGGCUUCCACCUCCUCACCUUCCUCCUCCUCCUCCUCCUCCUCCUCUUCUUCGUCUGCCUCAUCGCCUGUCUCCUCACCCUCCUCACCUUCUGAUAGACAGGGAGCUUUUGCUGCAGGACUGGACUCUUCGUCAUCCUCCUCAGCUUCCUCCAGUGCUGCAGUAGCUGCUGACCCCCUGGAUGACACCGCCUCCGUAAUCACCUCCAUCACAGGGGGCACCACCACCAGCAGCCGUGAGAGUAGCCCCUCAGCCAGCCCAGCCACCACCCCUGUACCCAGUGCUCAGCUCAAGGAGCAGAAAAGAAGGCCAGAUGAGACUCAGGCCUUCUCCAGCUUCCCCGAAAAGAGGCCGCGGCUUGACGACCGUCAGUCCUUUCGUACCACAAUUGACAGUGUCCGUUCGGAGAAGCCGCAGCCGACUACAGAAGAGCCCAAGGUGCCGCCUAUCAGGAUUCAACUGUCCAGAAUCAAACCCCCCUGGGUCAAAGGUCACCCCACCUACCAGAUCUGUCCCCGGAUCGUGCCCCCCGGCGAGGGUUCGCGGCGGUCGGGGACGGGGGGCGCGCGUACCCUGGCGGACAUCAAAGCCCGUGCCCAGCAAGCCCGUGCCCAGCGCGAGGCCGCUGCUGCUGUUGCAGCCACUGGCGACAGGGCAGGGCCGGCCGGGGUCAGGCUGCGGCCUGCUGCUGGGCUACAGGAUAGCAGCAAUGGACGACGAGCACGAGAACAUCCAGGACCUAUCGAGCCAGGAGGAGGAGGAGGAGGAGGAGGAGGAGGAGGAGGAGGAAAUGGAAGUGGAAGAAGGGGAGGUGGUGGGAUGGAGGAGCAGGGAUCGUCUUCAGGCACUAAUUCGUCUGGAACACAACUACAGCUUCUCAAUGUAGAGCCUACGCCCCAACCACCCCCCUCCUUGUCCACUACCUCAACCUUUAUUUCCCUGGAGCCCCCGCAGACCCCAAGCCCUCCUCAAGAGGAGGCAGCUGGGAGGCCUGAGACUGGAGAGGAUGUAGAAGCAACAUCAGCCAGUGUUCAGAGCUCGUCUACUGGUAUCACAGAAAAGGCAGCUGAUUCAUGCUCUUUAAAGUCUGAGGUGCCUGAGCCUGUUGCCGCCUCCUCAGAGAUGGCUCACCAGGGUUGUGAAAAACCCUUACUGGCACCGACCUCCAUUCCAGAUUCCCUUCCCAGGUUUGGGGCUCAGGGUGUGGAUGUGAUUCAGACGCUAGCCAGCUCCUGUCAGCCCAAAGAUCAGGUCCAAGGGAAGGAGGCUGCAUUGGGUGGUGUAAUCCAACAUGGCUCCCACCACGUGGAACCCCAGGAGGUGUUUUCUCACUCAGCUGCAGAGAGACGGCAAACAGACGUAUCCUCUCUCCAACAAGCAGACUCCUCUGGCGGAGAGAAAGACGACGAGGCUGCGACACAUAGUGAUUCCACAGAAACAGCCUCUGACUGUGAGAAUGACAUCCAGGAGGAUGAGCAGCCACAGCCUGACCAGGACUGGUGCGCUCAACUGAACAUUCAGCGAAACGGCCAGCUGGUCAUCUGUAGCCCUCCUCCUCAGAACCAAAAGCCAGUCAUCCAGGCCCACAUGUCCAGCCGCCAAGGUCAGACUGUCAUUCAGCCUUGCUUUCCCAAGGGUCUGCCUCACCCUCAGCACAGCGAUCUUCAGUCUCUCCCCCCAGUCCAGCUGCAGGGGAUCAGGGACAACAACACUGUGGUCAAAGUGGAGCCUGGAGAUGAUUGUAGAGGCUCCAGACAGAGCUCGACUGAAGAGGACUGCCGUGGAGGAUUAAAGCCGUCUGUCACACAUCCAGUUGCUUCAGCUGCCUCCAAGAGAGUGGCCAGCUCCAUCAGACCAGUGUCCAGUGUGGAGGCCAACAACCCUUUGGUCACUCAGCUGCUACAGGGCAGCCUGCCUCUGGAGAAAGUUCUACCCUCGCACUCUGCCAACAGGCUGGAGAUCAGCCGAUUGCCAGGACCCCAACCCAGGCCACCAGUGGCACGGACCCAAGGGCCUCGUCACAGGCCUGAGGUCUUAGCACAGUCUCCUAGCCCCGAACUGAGUGCAGCCUCACAGAUACACAGCAAGUCUCCAGCAGGUCACCCAGUCUCCUGUCUGAUGGAGGCCCCGGCUGCAUCACAGUAUCAGUCUCAGCAGGCCCCCGGGGCUGUCCCGGUCAUCACCUCUCUGCCCACCUCCUCAUCCUCCUCCAGUUCUUUGUCCUUUAGAAGUAAGUCAGACCUUAGCUCUCAGCCCCCUGUGGGCUCUGCAGUUAUAAAAGACUCUCAUGGUCCUCAGCCCCCUCAGGGGGUCACUCCAGACAGGCCCCAGCCAGCCCACCGAACCAUGCCUAAUGGCCCCUCUCCUCCACAUGCAGACCCCUGUCCCACCGACGUGGUGCCUACCAUUAAGAUUAACUGGCGCCCUCCCCAGUCUCAUCUCCCCCACUCUCACCAACAGCAGCUGUCUCCUGCAUCCACCGUAAAGAAUGAAGGCAGUGUGCGGCCCACGUGUCAGGCCCUUGCCAAAUCAUCCCCCAUUAAACCCAUGAGUGUUACCAAAAAGGAGCCUGGGAGCUCUACGGACGGCUACCUGAGCGGAGGGGCCAUGGAGGGACUCCUCAACAUGGAGAUGACUUUAGCCAGGAUGACAAAGAAGGAACACAGCAAAGCUACCUAUUCCUCUGGCUCUCCCUCCUCCUCCUCCUCCCCCUCUCCCUCCUCCUCUGCCUCAACCCUUCCCUUCCAGCUGUAUGGGAAACUCCCCAAGCAUGGUGGCAUCGGAGGGGUGAGCUACACAGCCAAUGUGUCAGUGAUGGACAGCGGCAGUUUCUCCCGGAGCAUGGCUGACAGUGUGCUCCAGCUGCGCCCACGCAUGGCCUCCAGCCAGACCACCCUCAGCAUCCAGGCCUUUACUGACAGUACAGCUGAGGAGGUGGCUCUCAAGUGUUCGUGCCGCCUCAAAGCCAUGAUCAUGUGCCAAGGCUGCGGUGCAUUCUGCCAUGACGAUUGCAUCGGGCCCUCCAAACUGUGCGUGUCUUGUCUGGUGGUCAGAUAGUAUGUUGAAGUCCCUGUGCACUUUAGAACUGCUAUCUGGACUGGGAGGCUCCAGAGUGUACAGAAGCCUGAUUAACAUAGAGCACACAGGAGGAGCCUGACAGGCAAGAUUUGCCUUGUAUAAUAUGACUGGUCUGUAUUUUUGUUGUUGCAGAUUUUCUGAUUUUUUUUUUUUUUUUUUUUUUUUUUUUUUAGCUGUACUUAUAUAUUAUUAUUAUGGUUAUUGUUGUUGUUAUUAAUAUUAAUUAUUAUUAUUAUUGUGACUUUGGGGCAUGGUUGAUUGUAACUUGUGCCUUUUUUGUUUUCUUUCCUCAAAAACAUUUACCUCAUCUUAUCUUGCACCACCUGUCAUCAUUUGGUGGCCAUCAUUGUUUUGGUCCUUCGUCUGCUUAGUGGACAGGGACUUAUUGUUGUCUCUUUGCGCAAAGAAGUAUUUUUUUAACCAUUAAAAUGAGUAAAUGACAUUGUUUCAUUGGUUUGUGUUUUGCCUCAUUUCAUGGUUCCCUUUAACUCCUGUCUGUAAAGUACAAUGAACAAAUAAAGUGAUCAUUGAACGGUGA